AAGAUUUUCUCUCUAAGCAUUAACAGCAAGAAGUAGAAGAAAAGUGUACCAUGGCGUAUGAGGGAGGCAAUCUCAAGUCGACCUCCAUUAAUGGCGUAAAGAUGUAUUCUGUGUCGGGCCAACGUUCUGUGCCCACUUGGAUUCCACCCAAGAAGUUGAGAGCUCUUCGCAAAGACAAAGACUACAUUCAAAGGCUCGAUUUGAUCCAGGACUUGAGGUUUGAGACUGCGACAACUAAAAUUAAGGUGUCUCCUGAUGGAGAAUAUUUUAUUGCAUCAGGUAUUUAUCCACCACAAGUUAAAGUAUAUGAGCUACGAGAACUAUCGCUGAAGUUUGAACGACACUUGGUUUCUGAAAUAAUAGAUUUUCAGGUGUUGGCAGAUGAUUAUUCCAAGAUUGCAUUUCUAUGUGCCGAUCGCUCUGUUUGCCUACAUGCAAAAUAUGGAAGUCACUAUAGCUUACGGAUUCCAAGGAUGGGAAGGGAUAUAGCUUAUGACUGCUGGUCCUGUGACUUGCUCUGUGCUGCUUCUUCUCCAGAUUUGUACAGAAUUAAUUUGGAACAGGGUCGUUUCUUGUCAUCGCUCACCACCCAAUCUCCAGCAAUAAAUGUUGUUUCUCGGAGCAAGCUUCAUGGCCUAAUUGCUUGUGGUGGUGAGGAUGGCGCAGUUGAAUGCUUUGACACAAGGACAAAAUCUUCAGUUGGCAGAAUUAAUGCUGUUACGCCUGCUGGUGACAUUGAUCAGGAGGUUACUGCUUUAGAGUUUGAUAAUGAUGGGGGUUUUCUCAUGGCUGUCGGAAGUAGUGCUGGAAAGGUAUUGAUCUAUGAUUUGCGUUCUUCUUAUCCUAUUCGAGUUAAGGAUCACAUGUACGAAAGCCCCAUAUUGGAUAUUAAGUGGCAUCGUACUCUUAAUUCUGAACGGCCAAAGUUGAUUACUACGGAUAAUCAUAUUGUUAGGAUUUGGGACUCAGAGACGGGAGAUAGUAUGGCUAGCAUUGAACCAACAGCUGGAACUAUCAAUGAUAUUUGUGUAUUCCUUGAGAGUGGCUUGAUAUUGUUGGCUUUAGACUGCAGCCAAAUACCAUCUUACUUCAUACCCGCACUUGGACCUGCUCCAAAAUGGUGUUCUUACCUUGAAAAUUUAACGGAAGAACUGGAGGAAGGUGCUCAAACAACUAUAUAUGAUGAUUUUAAAUUUUUGACAAAAGAAGACCUUGAAAGAUUAAACUUGACAAAUUUGAUUGGAACUAAUCUUUUAAGAGCCUACAUGCAUGGCUACUUUAUUGAUUACCGGCUGUAUAAAAAGGCGAAAUCCUUGUCAGAUCCAUUAGCGUAUGAUGCUUAUAUAGAGCAGCGGAAACAAGAGAAACUGGACGUUGAACGUGCAUCUAGAAUUACGAUCAAGAGGAAAUUACCUAAAGUAAACCGCGCCUUUGCUGCUCGUCUUCUUGAAAAUGAAGAAGCUGAAGGUGAAGUAAGAGAUGUUGAUGCUGGAAACACAAAGAAAACGUCAAAGAAAAAGAAGGGAUUAAGCAGUGAAGUGCUGAAGGAUGAGCGUUUUUCGGCAAUGUUUGAAAAUAAGGACUUUGAAGUUGAUGAGUUCUCCCAUGAAUAUAUAUCUUUACAUCCUAUGCCUUCCACCAAGAAGCAGCCCUCAUUGAUUGAGGAACAUUUUGAGCCAGUUCUGGGAGAAGAGCAGGGUAUAAAUGAUUCGGAUGCCUCAGCAGGGCCUGAGUCAUCAGAAGAUGAGUUCAAUGAAGACAGAAGUAAAGUUAAAAAGAAGACAUCAAGGGUUCCAAGGCUGUAUGAAGUGAAGGAUGAGCGACAUGCAGAAGCCUUUUGGAAUGACGUGUCACUUGCAAAGGAGGAUGCUCUUCCUUUGGGAGAAAGGGUAGAAGCUUUGCAAGACCAGCAAGUUUCUGGUGUCCCCAAUAAUGUAAAGCUUGGACCUGGUGGGUCACGAGAGAUCUCGUUUAUUUCCAGAAACUCCGCCAGAUAUAAGGAGGACAGGGAAGAGGAACGAGAAGGAAAGAGAAGAGGAAUCCAAUCCUUAGGCCUGAAACCUGAUAGAUUAGAUUUUCGAGGACGAGGACGAGGACGAGGUCGAGGUAGAGGUCAAGGACGUGGUGGCGGAGGGAGAGGAGGCAGCCGUGGUGGUGGAGGGAGAGGAGGCAGCCGUGGGAGGAGUCGAGGAAGAGGCAGAAGGUGAAUCCAAUAUGAAUUCACAUUUGGGUUCGUCAUCAUCUUCCAUCAUGCCUUGGCUCGCCUGUGCAUCUUUCAGUAAUGAUGCAGAAUCAAAAAGAAUAUCAGUAAUAGUUUCUGCCAGUAACACCAUGCUUUCUCAACUAGUGUCUUUGAUCGUUUUUCUACUGAUCAGCAUCAUACGGG